GGCGGGCAGCGGCUGCGUUGGAGCGGAGUGGACUGCGCCUGCCUGCGCCCCUCCCCGUCCCGAUGCUACGGUACACGCCACUUCACAGAGCUGGGCGCCUGCAUUUAAACCAAACCCCCCUCGUCGUCGCUUCAGUUCAAGCGAGGAAGACACACAGAGAGAGAGAGAGUUGUACAAGGGGCGCCGCCGGCCGCACUAUAGAGUACCUUGAGCCUGUUCACCGCUGUCGCCGCCUCACAGCCACAGCAUCCAUGGCCGACGCAGCUCGUCUCUUCCUGCUGGUGGCGGUGACCGCCGCUCUCGCCGGCCGCUCAGACGCCGCGUGGUGCGUGUGCCGCACGGACCUGGCGGACACCGCGCUGCAGAAGACGCUGGACUACGCGUGCGGCGGCGGCGCCGACUGCAAGCCCAUCCUGCAGAACGGCGCCUGCUUCGCGCCGGACACCGUCAAGGCGCACUGCUCCUACGCCGUCAACAGCUUCUACCAGCGCAACAACCAGAACCCGCAGGCCUGCGUCUUCUCCGGCACCGCCACGCUCUCCAACAACGACCCCAGCGGCAAUGGCUGCACGUACCCUGCGACCCCAAGCGCCGCCGCGACAAGCUCACCCGGCGUGUACAGCCCUCCCACAAUGGGUCCGUCAGCCCUCAACGACAACAGUGGUGCUGCUGGCGUCCUCCCGACGGCCGCCGGACUGGCCACACGGCUGGUGAUCCUAGCCUGCUGCUCGCUCGUCGCUCUCUACCUCGGCGCGUGAUCAUGAAGACGAGACGCCCCUCUCCUGCUGCUGUUGGGGUGUCUUGUUCCCUUGCCCUUUGCUUCUAGCUACUGGCAGGCAGAGAGAACCUUUUGAUGCAAUUGCCUUCCGAUGCUGGAGGAGAACUAGGGGAGUGUGAGACCCCGAGCCGAGCCCCGAGGCCUCGUCGAAUGCCAUUGUCGUUGAUGCAAUUUCCAUUCACUUUCUCUGCUGUAAAUCUUAGGUUCUAGGAGGGAUCCUGUGUUGACUAGUUGACUUCUUGGACAUGGGUGUUCAUUGUUUAAUCGGUUUGUUUAGGGUUGAUGUGCUGCUUGUUAUUGCCUGACUUGCGGCUGAUGUUGCUCUUAAGUCUCAAGCCGUCAAGCGUGUUUGCCUGGCCCUGAUGGAGAGUGUAUCAUCUGCUACCUGUGACUGUUAAGAAUAUGCAGGUGUGAUUGCUGAAUCGUGUUUAA